AGACGAAUCAGACGCAGCAGCUCAUCUCCUCCAAGUGCCUCUCAGUCUCAGAUGUGAAUGACAGCGAAUGAAUGAGGUGCUGCACUGACAUGCCUUAAGGGGGAUUAUUAAUGUCAAAAAACUUUAGAAUGGAUUUCCAUCAAAGGGCAGCUCUGGAUAUCUCCACAAAGAACCCUCAGGAUGAUUUCGAGAUUCUGCUGAGAGUUGGAGGAGGAACUUACGGAGAAGUCUACAAGGCCCGCAACAAGCAAAAUGGAGAGCUGGCAGCUAUUAAAGUAAUCAAGAUGGAGCCAGAAGAUGAUUUCUCCAUCAUCCAGCAGGAAAUCGUCAUUGUUAAGAGCUGCAAACAUCCAAACAUUGUGGCUUAUUACGGCAGCUACAUACGAGCCAACAAACUGUGGAUCUGUAUGGAGUUCUGUGGAGGAGGUUCCCUUCAGGAUAUCUACCACGUGACAGGCCCUCUGUCCGAAUCACAGAUCGCCUACAUCUGCAGGGAGAUGUUACAGGGUCUGGACUACCUGCAUGCACAGAAGAAAAUCCACAGAGAUAUUAAGGGUGCCAACAUCCUUCUGAAUGAUCAGGGUGAGGUCAAACUAGCCGACUUUGGGAUCUCAGCUCAGAUCACUGCCACUCUGGCUCGGAGGAUGUCCUUCAUUGGGACGCCAUACUGGAUGGCCCCAGAGGUAGCAGCAGUGGAGAUUAAAGGCGGCUACAAUGAAUUGUGUGACAUUUGGUCUGUGGGCAUCACAGCCAUCGAGCUGGCAGAGCUGCAGCCUCCAAUGUUUGACGUCCACCCGCUGCGGGUCCUAUUUCUCAUGUCCAAAAGUGGCUACCAGCCCCCGAAACUGAAGGACAAGUCCAAAUGGUCAUCCAAUUUUUACAACUUUGUGAAGGCCAUGUUGGUGAGGAACCCCAAGAAGAGACCAAGCGCUGCCAAGAUGCUCUCGAAUCCUUUUCUAACCCAGCAGUGUCUGAACCAGGAGCUGACUCUGGACCUGCUGGACAAAUUCAAAAACCCUGAGAAACACAAGAGCUGCUUGUCGAUCGAGGAAGACGAGAUGGAGGUGGUGCCUCCUGCAUCUUUAAGAAGAAUCCAGUCUAUCAACAAACAUAACCGAGCCGAGAGAACUAAUUCUGACAUCAGCUUCGAACAGAUUUACACUCAGAGGCCGACGAAGACCAGAUCACCAAAUGUAACGCUGAGGCCCUCCACAGGAUCAACAGGCAGCAUCAACAGCCCGCCGAGGGAUCAGGAAUCAGACUCUGAUGACUACGACGAUGUGGACAUCCCUACGAUGCAGCCCGCCUGGCGACAAGUGACCCAGCCUUCUCUUUCUCACAGCAUCAUAAUGCCAGAAGAUGAAACUCCUCCUCCGCUUCCUCCAAAGCCAAAAGCUCGGACUAGCUCAGAGGAGAGCAUGGCAGGAGAGGACGAUCGGUUGAGGAAACCCAGCUCCCUGUGUGCCCCCUCCCCUCUCAUCAGGACCUCUAGUGGGACCCAUGUCCGACCCACACCCCACCCACGAGCCUCAAGACACUCAGAUCCUCCAUCAUUACCGGCUCAGAUACAUAACAGCCCAGCAGAACCACUUCCUCCCGAACUCCCUCCUAAAGACUUCCGGAGACGGAAACCAAUUUCAAAGGAUCCUCCAGACUGUCCCAGCCCUGUAUUGAAGAAACCUCCUGUCUAUUUUAAAAAGAUAUUUCAUGGCUCCCCUCUGAAAAUAAAUUGCUCCACAACCUGGGAAAACCCCUUGUCUAAAGAGCAGCAUCUGAUCCUGGGGGCAGAGGAAGGGAUCUACACCCUGAACCUUAAUGGCACUGAGGCCACGCUGGAGCUGUUAUAUCCUGGGAAAUGCACCUGGGUCUACACCAUUAAUAACGUCCUCAUGUCUGUAUCAGGUAAAUCAUCACAGCUUCACUCACAUUCACUAAAAGAAUUAUAUGAACAGGCCCGGAAAGAUCAGAGGAUGGUUCCCUUACCGACUCACAGGCUGUUGUCAAGAAAAUGUCCAGUGACAAGCAAAAUACCAGAUACCAAAGGCUGCAAGACCUGCGCAGUCGGAGGGAACCUGUUCCUCUGCUGUGCUCUGGACUCCAGUGUGGUUCUGUUGCAGUGGUACGAGCCCAUGCACAAGUUCAUGCUAAUCAAGAAUUUUGACUUUCCACUGCCCAACCCUCUGAAGGUGUUUGAGAUAGUGGUAAAGCCUCAUGAGGAGUACCCAAUGGUGUGCAUAGGUGUGUCUCGGGGGUCCAACCCCAACGUACCGGUCGCCAUAGAAUACAUCAACCUGAACUCCAACACGUCCUGGUUCUUCAACUCAGGCAUGGAGAAACCUUGUCCUGACAUAGUUCAAGUAAAUCAGCUGGACAGCAACUCACUGCUCGUGCUCAUGGAGAGGUCGGUACAAAUGGUUAACCUGGAUGGAGAGCUGAAGAGCAACAGACACCAUCCACAGGAGGCCACUUUCUCUCAUGAAGUUGAAUCUAUAGUGUACAUCGAGGACACACUAUUGGCUGUUUGGCGUCACGGCUGGCAGAGGAGAACUAAAGGUUUCACCGAGGUUCUGGAGGAGAUGACAGACCACAAAAAGAUCUACAGAAUAGUGAAGUCAGACAGGAUGGUGGUUUUGGAAACGCGUCAGGUUGACGACCAGCUGGGUCUAUCCAAUCUGUAUCUCCUGGAAAUCGCUGAGAACUACGUCCUGCUGUCCUGACUCUCCUAACACUCCUGGGAAACCUUCCUGAUUCUCAGAAAUCAUCUGGGAACAGCAAGAAAAAACACCAGGCAUGAUCAUUUGUGAACGUUUGUUUACGGUCGGUAGGCGUUGCUGUGACUCUGAGGAGGCAGAGGAGGAAAUGAUGCCAGAAGGAGAUUGUUUGUAGCUCUUAUCCCUCCACCAGAGGGAGUCUGCUCGUUUAUUUAUGCUCUUUUCAACUCUGUUGGUGAUAUCAGGAAAAAUCUGGAGACACCAGAGAACUGAGAAAAACCCUGAAAGAUUAGUGAAAAAUGGUCCCACUUUAGGAAAUGAAGAAGAGUGUCUCCUUCAUUCCUGCACAGUAUUAUAGAUCACAGCAUGCAGGGACUGACAGAUAUGGCUUCCAUACGUCACCGGCUCUUCUGCUGUGUUGUGUGACCUGAGCUUGUGUGUCAGCGUUGCAUUGUGUGUGUUACUGGCAUUACACUCUAAUAAAGGUAAA